GGGUCCUGGGCCUGGGGGCUGGAGGCAGGCAGCUAGUUAACGUUAAAGGAAUUAAAAAAAGAGAAUUCCUAUGGCAAGGGGCUUGUUUGCCUGCGGCGCUGGCUUGGCGGGGCGGAUCCCAGCUCUCCUGCCAUGCAGCAGGAAACAGGAAGGUUUGUGCUCAUCCCCUCCUGCCUGUGCUCUGAGGAGGGCUCAUUAAGCAGCCCUAUUUUCAAACUGAAGUUGCAGGCAACAAAGCUGGAGUUCACACACACUCCCCUUCACUCAGCAAACAGGCACCAGCCUGCACCCGGCAGGGAGAGGAGCCUUCUGCGGUGUGUGGGCGAUGAACCGGGGGGGAGCUGCAGAACCUAAGGUCCAGGUGCAGCGCAGCAGCUAAGGGGCGAGUGAAAUAGAUUCACCCUUUGCCUCAAGUCCAUCUGCACUGACCGUCCCAGCGACUUGGGAGAGCAUGGCAGCAGUGCGGAUUGCAGUGCAGGGGCUACUGCUGGGCGCAGCCUUGCUGCAGCUGGAAGGGUCAAAGCCCCAUUCGGAGGAGUUCCCGCCCUACAUCAUUGAUCACCCAGCAGACUUGGUGGUGCGUUGGGACCAGCCUGCCACCCUGAACUGCCGUGUGGCAGGGAGUCCGGCACCCUCUAUUGAGUGGUACCGCAAUGGGGAGUAUGUGGAAACGAGCAAAGAUAACGUUUAUUCCCAGCGCACCCUUCUGCCCGAUGGGUCGCUCUUCUUCCUCCGCCUCAACCAGCGGAAGGGCCAGUCCGACGAAGGGGUGUACACCUGCGUAGCCACGAACCACCUGGGCACAGCCAGCAGCAAGAAUGCGUCCCUCUACAUUGCCGCGCUACGGGAAGAUUUCCGGCUGCAGCCCAGCAACCUGCUGGUGACGGUGGGGGAGCAGGUGCUGUUAGAGUGUGUGCCCCCGAGGGGGCAUCCUGAGCCCACCAUCUCCUGGAAGAAGGAUGGGGUCCCCAUAAACCAGAAAGCUGGCCAUUACGAGGUCUCCAGCGGGAAGCUCCUGAUGGUGCACGGCGAGAGGAGUGAUGCGGGGUUGUAUGUAUGUGUGGCUUCCAACCAGGCAGGACAACGAGAGAGCAAACCGGCCCUGGUGUCUGUCCUGGAAAAGCCAACAUUCACUCGCAGACCCAGUGAUAUUGUGGCCAAAUUUGGCAGCACCGUCCAGCUGGGCUGUGGUGUUCAGGGGGACCCAAUGCCCAAAGUAUGGUGGCGCAAGGAGCCCGGAGAGCUGCCCUGGGGCAGGUACGAGGUGGAUGAGGAGAACACCUUGCAGAUUCAUUAUGUGACGACGCUUGACUCCGGCAGGUACAUCUGCACGGCCCAGAACCAGGUGGGCACCAUCUUGGCCCAGGCCUUGCUCACUGUGCAGGACCCCCUGGACACUGGGCAGAGGGAGUGGCCAAAGGAUGUCCCACAGGAGAUGAUGGACGUCCAGCUGUACCUGGACAACAGCACCGUGCUCCCCUCCUCGUCCGCCGUCUACCUGCACUGGAAGGUGAUCCGCCCGUCCCAGCACACUGAGGGACAUGCUGUGUUGUACCGCUCCCUGCUGCCGGUCAGCGUGGACUGGGUUGAACGGAAGGUGCCCGGGGAGCACAGCAUCAUCAUCCCAGCCCUCAAGAGAGGCUACAAGUAUGAGUUCAAGGUUCGGCCCUAUGCCGGGAAAGUCCAUGGCCUGGACAGCAACAUCAGACAUCUCUGGAUCCCGGAGGAAGUGCCUAGCGCAGCUCCUCAGCAUGUCACCAUUAGGGCAGUGGAGGAUGGGAAUGGCACAGUGCUCAUCAGCUGGGACCCCCCUCCCCAUCCCUCAGACAACGGCGUCAUCCGGGGCUACAAGGUCUGGUACCUGGGCAAUGAAACUCACCAUCGCUCCAACAGGACCGUGGAUGGAGGGACGCACAGUCUGGAAACAGUCAUGCUGCCGGCUGGGGUUAAAUACUGUAUCCAGGUGGCAGCCUUCAAUGGAGCUGGGCUCGGGGUGCCCAGCAAUGCCACAUGCAUCAGCGUAGAGCCCCGGGUGGGAAAGAUGGCCAGGACCCCGGCUGUGCGCUCCGUCAGCCACAUCCUGGCAGUGAUCCGCCAGCCUGUCUUCAUCGCUAGUGUGGGCUCGCUGCUCUGGCUCGUGCUGAUGGUGCUGGCUCUCUACAUGUGCCAGCACCACGCCAGGCAUUACAGCCAAGAAGAGCAGCGUGCCACAGGCAAAGGUCUGUGCCGAUACGCCAGUGAAGACACCAUUGUCAAGCACAGGAUGGCCGUGAGUGACUCCCCGUGGCUGGCUGACAGCUGGAAAGCCACCUCCUGCUCCAAGACCUUCAGCAGCAGCAGCAGGUCGAGCAGCCAGCUCCUGUGGGCUGAGACCAAAGACAGCCUGGACUUCCACCGCUCCACCGUGUCCUUUGACAGGCCAAGCCAGAGCUCCCAGAUCCCGGCCGUCCCCCGGGGGCCCAACAGCAGCAGCCUGUACAGGAUGCUCUAUGUCGACCUUCCUGCCAAGGACAUGCAAACCUUCCACCGCCCCCCUGUGUCCAGCACCCCUGGCCCUCACUGCAGAGCUGCGGAGCCCGGGGGACCCACCAACCCCAGGCUCGGGCCCUGUUACAGGCAGAGCUUCGGCAUGGAGAGCAUAUGUGCGGGGGGAACUGAAAAGAGAGGACUGUGGAAGCCAGCGGGCCCCGGACCCCCCAGGCUCACCCUGCAGGGUCCCUGGGAGAGCAGCAGCAAGAGAGAGCUACAGCAGGCACACAGCACCCCCGUGCUGUCGCCCAGCCUCCCGGUGUACUCCACCAGCCCUAGCAGUGUGCCCGGCACCGGCAGCUCAGGAAAGCGCCAUGCAAGCAAAGUUUUUUUUCCUAGGAGAGGGUGCCAAAGUGCUGAAAACCUUCAGCUCUCCCAAGCUGCUGCAGUCCAGAGGCUCACUGCACGUACCUGGCACGUUGCCCCCCCCUCCGGCUCCUCCCACUCUGCACAGCCCCCAGGGCCAGGGCAUGCAGCCAGAGAGCAGAGACGGUGGGGAGGCAGCCAGGCCGUUCCCGGCUGGAGAGUUGCAGCCGAGCACGGAGAACGCCCUUCGGAGGGGGCUGCCGUCACCCUCGCUGCCCUACCACCGCCUCGCCGCUGCGUCUCCCGCACCCUCGCUCGGCGACGACAGGGAGGCCGUGCUCACGCCCGACCAGGUGGCUGCGUACCUGGAGCUCAGUGCGGAGGCCGAGUGCCAGAGGCACCGGCAGGAGAGCACCUCCUCCGUCCCCUGGGCCUUCUCUCCCCCGCACACCUACGGGUACAUCUGCGGCCCGCUGCGUUCCGAACUGGGGGUGGGGCCUGCCCCCGAAGAGGACGACGACCCCGCUGCGGAGGGGGGCGGCAGCCAGUCCAUGCCCUUCUUGCACCAGUACUGCCGGACGCCCUCGUCCAGCCGCAGCGAGGCCGAGGGCUCGCUGGGCGGCUCCCUGCUCAACGGCUGGGGCUCGGUCUCCGAGGAGAACUUCACCAGCACGCGCUGCAGCCUGGUCAGCUCCUCCGACGGCUCCUUCCUCGUGGACGCCAACUUCGCGCGGGCCCUGGCUGUGGCCGUCGACAGCUUCUGCUUUGGGCUGAGCCAGAGCGAGGCCGAGCAGGCUUGCCCAGACUUCUCGCCGCCUGCCUCCCCGCUGGAUGGGCUCCUUCCCUCUCCCGAGCGGUGGGAGGGCGCGGCGUGGGCUGGAGCAGAGCCCCUUCCCCUGCCCACCUGGGAGUGGAGCACUGGCUGGCUGGAGGAGAUGGAGGCCAAGUACUCCCAGGGGCCCGAGGGGACCCCUGCCGCUGAGAAGCCGGAGGGGAAGGCAGCACUGAACGGGACCCGGACCCGCCCUGCCCCUGGGCAUGGGCCAAACGGCAAGUGUUAAUGCCCGUGCUGCGUGGCACGGGGCGAGUGGGACACUGGUGGGCCAGCCUGCUCUGGCAUUGCGCUCUCUGGGUAGCCCUGGACUCGCUCCCUCCUGGGCAGCACUAGGCCAGGAGAUCAGCCAGAGCCCUUAGCGUCCCUGGGCCCUUCAGGGCAGGUCUACACUGAGACCCGGUGGGGUCUGCGGGGCUGUUUCAUUGUGGUGUAGACGUUCAGGCGUGGGCUGCAGCCUGAGCUCUGGGUCCCUUCCUCCUGGCAGGGUCCCAGAGCCCGGGUUCCAGGCCUUGCGCCCACACUGGGGCUGGAACAGAUUCCUGUCGUCUGCAGAGCUCCCUGUGACACACACCAGCGGGCACACAGUGCCUAGGAGAGGUGCCAGCCAGGCCAGACACAGGAGCACCCUCCACUCACCCCUAGAGCAGGGGCCGGGAGCCACCAAGGCUCGUAGGGAGCAUCGAGAAAAAACCACUGGGAGACUCCCCAGGAGAGAAGCAGAACGAUCAAAGGGAGAGAGACCUGGAGCCCGCUUCUCCCAGCAGCUAGGAAAGGGAGGAGAGUUCCCCACCCAGCCCAGGAAAAAGUCCCCAAACAGCCCCCUCUGACAACCCCUUUGGAUAAGUGCCCCAGCCCCUUCCUGCUACCAAAUGCCCUCUGCCCCGUAGCCCUCCCAAGUGUGAGUGCCAGCCUCAGGGCAGACUGAUAAAACCCUGGACCCGAACCCCUGAACUUCGAACCAACCAACUGCCCCAAAUGUAAACUGCACCAGCACUCUGACAGCCUGAACACGGAGCCCCGCCAGCCCCAGGGUACUCCGCUCCGGCUUGCCACCCACGGGGCCCUAUCGCCCUGACAGGUGACCCUCCCGACCAAGAAUUACAGCAAUAGUCAGAUACCCACGUGCUCCAGGCCAUGUUAGGUCUCACACCAAGGACAACGCUUGUGGCCAGUCCUCUAAUAAACUAUAUGAUGAUUAAUUACCUAGGAGAAGAAAACUAGAGAGUUAUUUACAAGGUUAAAGCAAGCGAAUAGAGACACAGCAAUGAGGUACCAGUCUUAGCUUUCCCAGUGUAACAAAGGCAUCUAUAAUCAGCAAGUUCUAUUGUCCUUUAGGGCUAACCCAGGCUAAGCACUGGGGAUCCCUUGCUUAUGCUUAGAAAACUCCUUCCUCCCCAUCCCGCCCCCAAGUCCAAGCAGCACAGAUACCUAGUUCCUUUUGUCUGGGGGGUUUAUCCUCCUCCGGCCAUGUGCUCUCCGCUGCAAACUCAGCUGAUGGAGGAAUCCACUCGCAUGCCUCAUCUUCACGGGGAGGAGAGCAGAACGGGGAGCGCUUCGUUUCUCAAUCCGGAUGUAGGCGUUUCCAGUUGUAGGCUCCCACCAGAGCCUGUCUGAUAUCGCUGGGUCUCCUCCCUCCCAAGGGGGUGCAACAACUUCUGCAGAAGAGCAGCUCGUCACACUAAUUAGUGGCCUCUCCGGUAUGGCGAUGCCUCGAGGCUCACCCUCCACCCGCUCCAAUAAUGUGGAAGACAGAUCAAUGCAGGCUGCAACCACCAGGCAUUCACUAGAGGCCAACCACUAAACGUCCUUAUCAUCCUCAGACCUAUUUGAUCAGUAUUAACCCCCAUGUGAGCUACAGUGAUUCCAGCCCUGGAUCUGUCAGUGUCCAGUAGAGACAUGGGGACCUUGGCAUGAGCUGGCACCUGGCCUGCCAGCAUCACCCCCCUCCCCCACCUGUCCAGCCUUGCACACCUGCAUGCUUCAGUGAGCAGGUGAGAUGCUCGGCUAGACACGGGUGCCGGCUCCAGGGCAGCCUGCUUCCUCCCUCCUCCCCCCCGCAGCCACACUGGAGCCUCGCCUCGCUGGGCUGGGGGUUGACAGCGAGGGCAGCUGCAGGAAAGAAGCUAGCCUCUUCCUUUUAGCGAUCACUGGCACCUUGUCCCAUCUCAUGCCGGACUGGCCUCAGGAGUGGCCACACUGGAACAAGCCAGUGAGCCCACCAGGCCAGGCCUCCCCGGGCUGGGACACUGGCCAGCCCAGCCGAUCUGGAGGCAGGUGCAAAUUUUAGUGAAUUUUGGAAUAACCUGCCCUGUAGGACGCUUCUCCCCAGCCCUGUGCAGCCGGGGGUGGGGGCGGGUGGGCACAAGAACUCUACCAUGGCUCCCAAAGGACUGGUUCAAGCAGAAACGCACCCUGGGGCACUGGGUGCAGCUCAGGGAUGCCAGUGCCGCACAUAAUAACCUGGACUUGCAAAGCCUCUGGUGGCCUCGUCCCUGCCCUGGAGCUCCACAGCCCAGCCCCCCCCAUUGCCCCCAGCCGGACUGCCACUCCCCACAGCAGGCUCAGCCUGUCCAUCCCUGGGGCACUGUGCUGUACUGCGUGCAGUGAUUAGCUCCCAGAGGGAGCUGGUUCAGCCCAGGACACUGAGGGCGGUGACUGGCUGACAUGGGCACCCCUUGGGGUGAGGGUGAGGCAAGGCUGCUUUGGGCAGUGCUGUGGGAGCUGGGGUCAGGCUAGUGAAGGGCAAGGGGCACUGGGAGAUGUGUGUGACGGGGUAGCGAUGCCUGCAUCCAUGGGGUCUGGUUGGGGAAGAGGAGAAGGUUUGAUCCAAGGCCAGGCGCUGGGCCAGGUACAUUUUGGCCCGGAUCCUCGAGGCUCUGGUGCGUCCUGCACUGCGGCCUUCCGUUCCCGGGUAGGCGUCUCUCGGCUCCUGGCCAUCAUCCCGGAGCGGGUGGGGCUUGUUCUCCCGCUGCACAGUGUGGGGUGCCUGGGGAGGGGAAGUGAGGCUGUGCCCAAGCUGGAAGAGACACAAUGUCUCCUGGCCCCGCUGCCCUUGGCCCGUCGCUGAGUGCUCUGUGCAGGCAGUAGGACAGACCUGGCCCUUCCAGCCCCUCAACCUGCAGCUUUGCCUCUGGGCAUGCCCCUGCCCUGUGCCACUUGGAGAUGCCAUGGCCCUGCGUGGCAAGCCCUGCUGUCGUGCCCAUCUUGCGAGGAAACAAGCUCGUUUGCCAGGGGCUCAGAGCGUCCCUUGUUACCAGCACCUGACUCCCAAACAGGCCAGCGGGUUUCUUUCCUCCGAUCCCCCCUGGGCAGACCAGGCCUGGCAUGGGGACCUGGUCUGCCCGUGGACGGCAGAGUCACGCUCUGAUCCUGUUCAGCC